CUCCCCUCAGUCUCGACCUUCUCCCACCCAGUUACCCCUCCUUUAGUGCAGCUCAAACUGGCAUUUAGCAGCAGAGGCAGAGACCCUACAGUACCAUGUGGCGCUGGGUGGUUCUGCUGCUGGGAUCUUUAGCCUCCUCCCAAAGCAAUGAUGACAGACCACUAUUUGGAAACGUCACAUCCCCCAAUUACCCCAAACUGUACCCAAGAUCCAAUGAGAGCACCUGGGAUAUUACAGUGCCUGAAGGGUACCACGUUUCCCUCAGCUUCUCUGAGUUUGAUAUUGAACCCUCCGAAAACUGUUCCUAUGGCUUUGUGAAGGUAAUGGCCGAUGGGAAGGAGCUGGGCCAAUUCUGUAGCCCCGUGAACUCCUCCAGCCACCCUGGCAACCGCCAGUUUGUGUCACUAGGAAACCAAAUGAGACUUCACUUCCAGUCUAAUUUCUCCAAGGAGAUGGAUGGGGACGUCAUCCAAUACAAAGGGUUCCAGGCCUUUUAUCAGGCCAUUGACAAAGAUGAAUGUGCAUCUCCCACGGAUAACAGUGCCACUUGGACCCCUCCUUGUGAACACAACUGCCAGAAUUAUGUGGGGGGAUAUUUGUGCUCCUGCUUUCCGGGGUACAACCUGCAGCGUGAUAAGAGAUCCUGUAAAGUGGAGUGCAGCAGCGAGAUGCUCACAGAGGAGUCUGGGUUUAUCUCCAGUCCGGGUUACCCCGAGCCUUAUCCCCCCGACCUCAAGUGCAACUACAGCAUCCGCUUAGAGGAAGGCCUACAGAUAUCUCUCCGCUUCCAGGAACCCUUUGAGAUUGACCAUCACCCAAAGGCCCAUUGCCCGUAUGACAUAUUGAAGGUGUUUGCAGGGGACACAAUGUUGAACAGUUUCUGUGGAAGUCGCUCCCCGGGGACGGUGGUGACUCGGAGCCAUACUGUAGAUAUCGUAUUUGAAACAGGCAAUGCUGGAAACAGUAAAGGUUGGAGCCUGCACUACACGUCGGAGGGAAACUCUUGUCCGAGCCCCGAGCCCCGGGACACUUACACCAUUAUCAGCCCCAAGCAGAAUAUAUACAGAAUGAGAGACUACAUUGAUGUAACCUGUCAGACUGGAUACAAACUUAUAAAGGAUGGGAAAGUACUUAGCAGCUUCAGCACAAUUUGCCUGAAGGGCGGUUGGAACCUCCCCAUCCCUCGCUGUGAGAUUGUGACCUGUGAAGACCCCCCGGUUCUGACCAAUGGACAGUACACAUUCCUGACGGCACCAGGGAGACUGGGAUACAGAGCUUCUAUUAAAUAUCAAUGUAAUGCCCCUUACUACUACAUGGUGACCCCCACAGGCAGUGACACGUACACAUGUUCCGCCCAGGGAGAGUGGAGGGAUGAGUACGGAGGGGUUAAAAUCCCACGGUGCAGGCCAGUGUGCGGGAAGCCAGAUAACCCUGUGGCAAGUUACGAACGUAUCCUUCAUGGUAAAAAUGCUGCUCCUGGAAACUUCCCUUGGCAGGUUUAUAUCUCAAUAAAUGGGCGUGCAGGAGGGGCGCUGAUUGGGGAGCGCUGGGUGCUCACAGCAGCCCAAGUUUUGCAUAAUGACAAUGAAGACACUAACCCAACCUAUGUGCAUGUGUUUAUGGGAAGUGUGCAAGUGAAACACCUGUUAGAAAUGGGCCCCCACCCAGUCGAGGCAUUCUACGUGCACCCUAAUUUCCGCAGCUACGACAAUGAUAUUGCUCUAAUACGACUGAAAAAUCCAGUGGUUAUGAACCAAAAUGUGUCUCCAAUCUGCCUGCCCAGCCCACAGGAUGAAGAUGAUAUUUACCAGAAAGACAGAAUUGGCUAUGUGAGUGGCUAUGGAGUGACAGAGAAGCGCAAUAUUGCCAAAGAACUCCGCUACGUCAGUGUGCCAGUGGCCAGCAGGCAGGACUGUGAGACUUACCUUGAUAGGAAAAAGCAGGAGAACCCCAAAUAUAGGGAGAAAUAUCCAUUAUCCAGAAACAUGUUCUGUGCCGGAUUCCCUGAGGGCUCACUUAAUAAAGGAGACUCAUGUAGCGGGGACAGUGGUGGGGCCUAUACUACCCAAAACAAGCAGGACACCUGGGUGGCCACAGGGCUUGUUUCAUGGGGCUUUGACUGUGGCCGGGGCUAUGGGUUCUACACUAAGGUCAGUAAUUAUGUGGAAUGGAUAAAAAGUUACAUUGAAAAAGAUGAAUAGUUUUCCGUACACUGUUAUGGGGGCAACUGAUAAUAACAUGUUCCCCCUCCCUCUGGGCAACAGGAAAUAAUCAAUGGAAAAUGUAUCAGUGUAUGGAGUAAUGUAAUAAGAAGCACAAAAUGUGCUGCUGGUCUAGUACCUAUAACAACCAAUCAGUUGUCCCAAGCAGCAGACCAGAAAAUGCCACUUGCUGAUUGGUUGCUAUGGGUUACUAGAACUGGCUCAAACUUUGCAUCUGCCAUUACUUCCUGGUUCUGCCUUUAUCUGUGUUGUUGUUGUCACCUGUUUUGCAGAACAUUUUUGCAGAAAUAAUAAAGUUCAGAUUCAGUUCCAUUUUCAAUAAAUGUACAACAAUAUUGUGCCAAUGAAUUUUACUCAUCUAAAUAUAGAAGUAAUGCGCUUUAAA